UGAUUCCUGAACUGACGAAUCGUUCUUUAGUUAUCCGGUGGACGCGUCCGCGCGCGCUGACGAACUGUUUUCAGGAGUCGGGUUCGAUCUGAGACGCGUUUAUGAACCUGCCUUCGAGUCCGGAGCGCGCGCCGACAGAGCUGCACGAGCGUCAGGGAGCCGGGCUUCGAGCGCGAGGUGUCGCCGAGGGUGAAGCCGUGCUUUCUGUACAUGGCGAUUCAGCAGAAAGCAGGAAAUUUCAUGCGUUAUAGCGGAACCGAUGAUCGGUCAGCAUCAGACAUGGGUUUCCUUCAUCAGCUUCACCUUCUGCUAUGGAAAAACGUCUCAUUAAAGCGCAGAGGGCCGUGGGUGCUGGCGUUUGAGAUCUUCAUCCCUCUGGUCCUUUUCUUCAUCUUGCUGGGUCUGAGGCAGAAAAAGCCAGCCAUCCCUGUCAAAGAAGCUUUCUACAGCGCCGCCCCCCUGACCUCGGCGGGCAUCAUACCCAUCAUGCAGUCCUUGUGUCCGGAUGGCCAGCGAGACGAGUUCGGCUUCCUGCAGUACAAAAACUCGACCGUGACUCAGUUGUUGGAGCGGAUCGGGGAGGUGAUGGAGCAGGAUCGCUUGUUCGCCUCGGACGGGCCGACUCUCGGGGAGGAGCUGGAGUCACUGCAGCACCACCUGGACAGUAUCAGCUCAGCCCAGAGUCCCAUAGAGAGCAGCUUCAACACCAGCCACGUCUUCACUUUAGGCAGCGUCAUAAGGAAUUCCACUCACUUCCAGCAGUUCCUCAUCCGAAAUCUCUCUCUGAACAACGACACGGCCGACCUGCUUCUCUCAUCCCCUGUCAACCUGAAAGAGGUGUACAACCUCAUUUUUGGCACAUAUCCCAAAGCAAGUGCAGGAAGUGGAGGCUGGCCCGAAGGUCACCGUGGUGCUCGCAGCCCUGGAGAGAAGGUCUUACAACUGGAGGAGCAGCUGCUUGGAGGUUGGAGGAGUCUGGAAGGGGGUCUGCUGCACAAAGCGCUGCGAGACCCGACUAAAGCAGCUGAUAAACACGCCCUUCUCCAGCUGCUUUCCCAGGCUCUGGGUAUUGCUGGAGGUGGAGGGGAGACAAACAAAUUUGAUCCACAGGAACUGCAGUUGAUGGAGGGAGUUUUGCUGACCGGUGGUGUCCUGCAGGUACUUACAUGUGGGGAGGGCAAGGACAGUGAGCUCAACAGGAUCCUAUCGGUGCCUGAGAAGCAGCAGUCAGUGUUACGAGCCUAUCAGACGGCCGUGUGUGGAGGAGAUGUGGGGCAGAAAGCGGAGCGUUUUGCACAGAUCAGCCAGGAGCUGAGGGAUCAGAUCGACACACAGAAAAUCAUUGAGAAGUUAAUAUUGGAACAGUCCAAUGCUUCAGCGCUGCCAUUUCAAUCCCACCUGGGUGCUCUUCUGAAGGAGCUGACUGAGGUGGAGAAGCUGCUUAAAGAUGUGGACCUGCUCUCAGGCUUGGCCAAGUUGCUGCCCAAAGGGGCAUGUGCAGGGCACCAGACUUCUUCUUCAGCUAACAAUGCCACUUGGAACUCUAACACCACCAGCUGGGGUACCAACACCACUGAAAACCCUGCUGAAGGAAAGGACACUCCGGCAGAUAACCCUCACUCUCAGUUCUCUGCUUUUGUGCAGCUGUGGGCUGGGUUGCAGCCCAUUCUAUGUGGAAAUAACAGGAUUAUUGAGCCAGAAGCUUUGAAGCAAGGCAACAUGAGCUCGCUUGGCUUUACCAGCAAAGAGCAGCGGAAUUUAGGGCUUCUCGUCCACCUUAUGACUACAAAUCCCAAGAUUCUCUACUCUCCCAUAGGUUCACAGGUGGAUAAGGUCAUUCAGAAGGCCAAUGAGACAUUUGCCUUUGUGGGCAAUGUGACUCAUUAUGCUAAAGUAUGGCUCAACAUUUCAGCUGAGCUCAGACCUUUCCUGGAGGAAGGCAAACUGCACAAUCACCUAGCAUGGCUGCAACAGUUGACCUCUGAACUGCGGAGGCACCCGGAGUUGCUAAACACUUCGGAUAGUGAGCUGUUAGAAAGUCUGAUGCAGGAGAAUUUCACGCUGCCGAACAUCAGCACUCUGCUGGAGCAGCUCGACACCAUCGACAACGCCGCCUGCGGCUGGAUUCAGUUCAUGUCAAAGGUGAGUGUGGAUAUAUUCAAAGGCUUCCCGGAUGAAGAGAGCAUCGUAAACUACACUCUGAACCAGGCCUACCAUGAUAACGUCUCCGUAUUUGCGAGCGUCAUUUUCGAGACCAAUAAGGACGGCUCCCUGCCUCCUCAUGUACAGUAUAAGAUCAGACAGAACUCCAGCUUCACUGAAAAAACGAACGAGAUACGCCGGGCUUACUGGCGCCCUGGACCCAACACCGGCGGGAAGUUCUACUUCCUCUAUGGCUUCGUGUGGAUCCAAGACAUGAUGGAGAGAGCAAUCAUUAAUACAUUUGUUGGUCACGACGUUGUGGAGCCCGGCAAUUACGUGCAGAUGUUCCCCUACCCCUGCUACACCAGAGACGAUUUUCUGUUUGUGAUUGAGCACAUGAUGCCCCUGUGCAUGGUCAUCUCCUGGGUUUAUUCAGUGGCCAUGAUGAUCCAACACAUUGUGGCCGAGAAGGAGCAUCGACUCAAAGAGGUGAUGAAGAUGAUGGGCUUAAAUAAUGCUGUGCACUGGGUGGCCUGGUUCAUUACUGGCAUUGUGCAGCUCUCUAUCUCAGUGACGGCCCUGACGGCCAUAUUAAAAUACGGCCGAGUGCUCCUCCAUAGCGACCCCUUCAUCAUCUGGCUCUUCCUCACUGUAUACGCCAUCGCCACCAUCAUGUUCUGUUUUCUAGUGUCAGUGAUCUACUCCAAAGCCAAACUGGCCUCAGCUUGUGGUGGAAUUAUCUAUUUCCUGAGUUACGUUCCCUACAUGUAUGUGGCGAUCCGAGAAGAGGUGGCCCAUGACAAGAUCACAGCCUUCGAGAAGUGCAUUGCGUCUCUGAUGUCCACCACCGCUUUUGGCCUCGGUUCAAAGUACUUCGCUUUGUACGAGGUGGCCGGUGUGGGCAUCCAGUGGCGCACCAUCAACCAGUCACCGGUAGAGGGCGAUGAUUUUAACCUCCUCUUGUCCAUGGUCAUGCUGACCAUCGACGCCAUUGUGUACGGCGUGCUCACUUGGUACAUAGAGGCUGUGCAUCCAGGAAUGUACGGGCUGCCCCGCCCUUGGUACUUCCCCCUGCAGAAGUCCUACUGGCUAGGCAGUGGACGGAUUGAGACCUGGGAGUGGCCGUGGAGCAGCAGUGCCAGGCUCAGCGUGAUGGAGGAGGAUCAGGCCUGCGCCAUGGAGCAUAGACGCUCAGAGGAAACCCGUGGAAUAGAAGAGGAACCCAGUCACUUACCGCUGGUGGUGUGCAUAGACAAACUCACCAAGGUCUACAAGACGGGCAGCAAGAUGGCUCUCAACAAGCUGAGCUUAAAUCUGCACGAAAACCAGGUUGUCUCCUUCUUGGGACACAACGGAGCUGGCAAGACCACCACUAUGUCAAUCCUUACCGGGCUGUUCCCCCCCACCUCGGGCUCAGCCACUAUAUACGGCCACGAUAUCCGCACGGAGAUGGAGCGCAUCCGGCAGAACCUGGGCAUGUGCCCGCAGCACAAUGUCCUCUUCGACAAGCUGACUGUAGAAGAGCACCUGUGGUUUUACUCGCGCCUGAAGGGCAUGGCUGAAGAGGACAUUCAAAAAGAGAUGGAUAAGAUGAUUGAGGACCUGGAGUUGUCUAAUAAACGCCACUGUCUGGUGCAGACGCUUUCAGGAGGAAUGAAGAGGAAGCUGUCGGUGGCUAUAGCCUUUGUGGGCGGGUCCCGGGCCGUGAUUCUGGACGAGCCCACAGCCGGCGUGGACCCGUACGCACGUCGUGCCAUAUGGGACCUCAUCCUCAAAUACAAGCAAGGCCGGACCAUCCUCCUCUCCACACACCACAUGGACGAGGCUGACCUCCUAGGCGACCGCAUCGCCAUUAUCUCCCACGGGAAGCUCAAGUGCUGCGGCUCACCUCUCUUCCUCAAGAGCACCUACGGAGACGGAUAUAAACUCACACUAGUGAAAAAGCAAAGUGACUCCAAUCCUGCAGAUCAGUCGAGUAUGCCCCCUUCCUCAUCCCUGUCCCUGUGCUCAGAGACCAGAGUCACUCAGUUUAUCCGACAGUAUGUAGCCUCCUGCCUGCUGAUGUCUGACUCCAACACCGAGCUGUCCUACAUCCUGCCAUCUGAGGCUGUCAGGAAAGGCUGCUUCGAAAGACUGUUUCAGGCUCUGGAACAGAGUUUGGAUAGUCUGGCUCUCACCAGCUUUGGAGUGAUGGACACCACGCUGGAGGAGGUCUUUUUAAAAGUGUCAGAAGAGGACUUGUCGCUUGAGAACAGUGACGCAGAUAUGAAGAGCUCCCCAGGCGGGGCGUCAGUAGGGAAGUCUUCCUCUCUUUUGUCCUCGCAGCAGUGUGAUGGAACUCUGCCUGGUGAUGUGACCCGGCCCGAAGUGGAGAUGAGCAAUAUGGUGAUGAGCUCGAGGUUAAGCUCCAGUCAGGCCUCGCUGCAGUCAAAUUCCUCCGUGGGUUCUGUGAGAGGUGACGAGGGAGGACCGUACUCUGAUUUCUACGGUGAAUAUUACCCGCUGUUUAACAAUACCCAGGACCUGGACUCAGCCAGCCUUAGAGAUGAGGAAGAGGAGCCGAGCUCCUCAGAGCCGCAUGUCCUGGAGGGUCAGGGCAGCUUCAAGCUGGAGGGCUGGUGGCUACGCUUUCGCCAAUUUCACGGCCUCAUUGUCAAGAGGUUCCACUGUGCCAAGAGGAACACCAAGGUCCUGUUCUCGCAGAUCCUUCUGCCUGCCUUCUUUGUUUGUGUGGCGAUGACCGUCGCUCUGUCCGUGCCUGAGAUAGGUGAUCUGCCUCCUCUGAUCCUGUCCCCGUCUCAGUACCAUAACUACACCCAGCCCAGAGGAAACUUCAUCCCCUUCGCCAACGAGGACCGGCUACAGUACAGGAGCAAGCUGUCCCCAGACGCCAGCCCUCAAAAGAUCAUAAAUACGCUGCGCUUGCCAUCAGGCGUGGGUGCAACCUGCGUGCUCAAAACCCCCUUUAAUAGUACACUGGACCAGCUGGCGCAGAGCCUCAACCCUUAUGCCAACAAUGCCAAGACACUUGCCGCACGCUACUUCGACCCCAUGUGCCUGGACUCGUUCACCCAGGGGGUACCGCUGUCUAACUUUGUCCCGCCUCCACCCUCUCCUGCACCAUCGGAUUACCCGGAGCCACGCUUUGAUGAUGCUUUGUGGAACUAUACGGCAGCUCCGCCCACCACUGCCCACGAAAUGGUGACGUCUCCUCCUCCACUUCCACUAUCCAUCCGAGAGCCGGUGCGUUGCAUUUGCUCCAUGCAGGGAACGGGUUUCACGUGUCCCAGCGGCGUGGGCGGACGACCGCCCCUCACAAAAGUGGUCACGGGAGAUAUUCUAGUGGACAUCACGGGCCGCAACGUGUCUGAGUAUCUUCUCUAUACCUCCGACCGCAUGAGACUGCACAGAUAUGGAGGCAUCACUGUUGGAAACAUCCAGAAAUCAGUCCCAGCAUCCUUUGGAAAAAAGGGGUCGCUCAUGGCGCGCAAGAUAGCGGUGCGCCGAUCGGCCCAGGUGCUGUAUAACAAUAAAGGCUACCACAGCAUGCCCACAUACCUGAACGUGCUGAACAAUGCCAUCCUGCGUGCUAACCUGCCCCUUAGCAAGGGCAACCCUGCAGCUUACGGUAUCACAGUGACUAAUCACCCCAUGAACAGAACCAGUGCCAGUCUUUCUCUGGAUUACCUGCUCCAAGGCACCGACGUGGUCAUUGCCAUCUUCAUCAUCGUAGCUAUGUCCUUCGUCCCAGCCAGCUUUGUGGUCUUUCUGGUGGCUGAGAAGUCCACCAAGGCCAAGCACCUGCAGUUUGUAAGCGGCUGUGACCCCGUCAUCUACUGGCUUGCCAAUUACAUUUGGGACAUGCUGAAUUACCUGGUCCCAGCUACAUGCUGCGUUCUCAUCCUGUUUGUGUUUGACUUGCCUGCGUACACAUCGCCCAAAAAUUUCCCAGCAGUGGUGGCACUCUUUCUGCUGUAUGGCUGGUCCAUAACCCCCAUCAUGUAUCCAGCAUCGUUCUGGUUCGAGGUUCCCAGCACAGCCUAUGUUUUCCUCAUCGUUAUUAACCUCUUUAUAGGAAUCACAGCCACUGUGGCCACUUUCCUUCUCCAGCUGUUUGAACAUGACAAGGACCUAAAGCUGGUGAACAGCUAUCUAAAGUCAGCCUUCCUCAUCUUCCCUAACUAUAACCUGGGUCACGGGCUAAUGGAGAUGGCCUACAACGAAUACAUUAACGAGUACUAUGCCAAGAUAGGUCAGUUUGAUAAGGUGAAGUCUCCAUUUGAGUGGGACAUCGUGACACGUGGACUGGUGGCCAUGACCAUUGAGGGAUUUGUCGGCUUUCUUAUCACCAUCCUGUGCCAGUACAACUUCCUCCGUAAAGCUCAGAGGGCGCCUGUGAACAGUCAGCCUAUCGAAGACGACGACGUCGAUGUGGCCCGCGAGAGACGGAGAGUGCUCAGAGGAGACGCCGUAAACGAUAUGCUAAAGAUCGAGAAUCUAACUAAGGUGUACAAGUCUCGUAAGAUGGGGCGCAUCCUGGCGGUGGACCGCUUGUGUCUGGGCGUCCGGCCUGGAGAGUGUUUCGGCCUCCUGGGGGUCAACGGUGCAGGAAAGACGACCACUUUUAAAAUGUUGACCGGAGACGAAAGCACGACCGGAGGAGAGGCGUUUAUCGAAGGACACAGCAUACUGAAGGAUCUUUUGCGAGUGCAGCAGAGUAUCGGUUACUGUCCUCAGUUCGACGCUCUGUUCGAGGACCUGACUGCACGAGAGCACCUGGAGCUGUACACACGCCUCAGGGGUAUACCGUGGAAGGACGAGGACCGGGUGGUGCAGUGGGCCUUGGAGAAGCUCCAGCUCUCGAAAUACGCGGACAAGCCGGCUGGCACCUACAGCGGCGGGAACAAGCGCAAGCUGUCCACGGCCAUCGCUCUCAUCGGAUACCCGUCGCUGAUUUUCCUGGACGAACCCACGACCGGCAUGGACCCGAAAGCUCGCCGCUUCCUCUGGAACCUUAUCCUCGACAUCAUCAAGACGGGACGAUCGGUGGUGCUGACAUCACACAGCAUGGAGGAGUGUGAGGCGUUGUGUACCCGACUGGGAAUCAUGGUUAAUGGAAGGUUUAAGUGCCUGGGGAGCAUACAGCAUCUCAAGAACAGGUUCGGGGACGGGUACAUGAUCACGGUGCGCACCAAGACGACCGCUAGUGUGAAGGAAGUGAUCCGCUUCUUUAACAGAAACUUCCCAGAGGCCAUCUUAAAGGAGAGACACCACACUAAGAUCCAGUACCAGCUGAAGUCAGAGAAUAUCUCCCUGGCCCAGGUGUUCAGUAAGAUGGAGCAGGUGGUGGAGGUGCUGAGUAUCGAGGAUUACUCCGUCAGCCAGACCACCCUGGAUAACGUUUUUGUGAACUUUGCCAAAAAGCAAAGUGACAACCUGGAGCAGCAGGAGAACUCGCCGAAGAAAAGCAGCGAGUCGCCCCUGCAGCGUCUCCUGAGAAUCCUGCUGCCGCGGACCGCCAACACUGAACUGAGCGCCCUGGUUAGCGAGGAGCCUGAGGAGCUGGAGAGUGAUGAUGAUGAAGGACUCAUCAGUUUUGAGGAAGAGAGGGUGCAGUUGUCCUUUAACACAGAUACUCUUUGCUGAAACAGCAACCUCCGUCACAGAAACACGAAAACACAGCCUCAAGUAAAGACUAUUGUCUGACCAUCGGAGGAUGCUCCUAAGCUGCUUUCUCAGUGGGUCCAUCUCUGUCUGGCCUUAAGAAGAGCCGCGCUGACCUGUUUCUCCGUGUGCGCUGUGCUGGUGGAGCGAGCGCUUAGGCUGACUCAAGACUUCAGACUACAGGGUUCCUGAUCACAGCCUCGGACACGGUGCUGCUCCAGAGCGGGUUUGGCAUUUUGCAGAAAUAGUUCAAUCCCUCAAUCGGGACGGGUUAAAAAAAUUUAUAUAAAAAAAAAAAAAAACAGUUGAUUACACUGACAGAUUUUUUUGUUUUGGUUCUUUUCAAAACACAGGAUUAAACAGACUAAUAAAUAAAAGGCUCUGUUCUGACAGCUGUUGAUGUCAUGAAAUAACAUAUCAUCCCUGAUAAACUACAACCGCUCGGGGUUCCACCUAUAUAUCGUGUUAUUUUUAUGACCGAUUUGUUUUGCAGCCGAACACUGAUUAUAACGAUAUAUAUACACAUAUAUUUUCUUCUUUAGUUAAAGCAGAUCUAAUCUUUGUUGAUACGUCGAACCUGCCUUGAGAGCAUGCUAUAUAGUCAAGCCUGUGGUACGUCCUAUAUUUUAUUGAUUGAAAUGUUUUUAAGGCAUAAAUUGUGUCGUGAAAAAUCGAUACAAUUCCUGACAUAAUAAAAAAAUGCACCUUUAUUUCACGGGAGACGUCAAUCGGUAAACCAGUUUGAGGUCAGACAUUAAACUGGCCCGGACAUCGGUAUGAAUUUAAGCGUGGAAUAUUUAGUGAAUGUAAACGGCAUGCAGAUAUUGUUUUGCACAGAUCGGUGGAAGCGUCCUGAAUCAAAUGGAGCACUUUGUAGAUUCUCGUUUGCGUGAUGUAGUUACAGGCGACGACAGCCAUCGCGAUGAUGUAAAGCCGCAUUAUUCUUACUUAUAAUAAGUGAAGCGUAUGUUAGAAAGACAGAAAUCAUGAGCUGUUUUGCAUUCACUGUGAAGCCAAAGGUGAACUCGUCAUUCAUUCACUCUUAUUUAAUAAAUAAAUAAAUAAAAAAUAUAAAAAGAUCGAUUUCAGGUUGCAUUUAUGUAGAAUACUUAAGAAUGUUGUUUUUUUUUUUCCUUCACGUAAAUCAUUUCGCAUUGUAUUGUGUGCUAAAGACAUAAAAAACCACCAACAACAACAAUGUGCUAUUGAUGUGUGCAGGGUUGUAGUCACUGGAAGCUGUACAAAAGUAUGCAUAUGUUGAGUGUUUAACUCUGUCCAGUGCGCUCGCUUUAGCAUAACUCCAGUCUGUGAAAAAAAAAAAAAAAAUUGAAAUACAUAAUAUCCUCUAUUUUAAGCAUAAAUACGGAAAGAAAUCGAAGGCAUGACUAGGGAGAUGUACAUAAGGAUGAGUGAGCCCUGUGUUUUAUUUUUCAUGUGAUACGACCAAAGGGGAAAAAAUAACAAAAAAACAAACAAAAACAAAGCAUAUUUUUGGACGUAGGAAUAAAU